AUGACCGCCAUGUGGGCUUCUCCCGCCUUUCCGGCGCUCGGCCUAUUUGCAUUAGCCUUCUCUAGCGAUUCUUCCCACGUUCCCAUGUCCCAGGUUCGACAAGGCCUUUUCGCAAAGAGGCAGAGCCCCUGCAGCGGCAAGCAGUUGGGAUUAGUGCUUCAAGAUCGCGAGAUUACUGUUGGUCCAUCGUUGAAAUUUUUUUUUUCUUGCUACCGGCCUGGACCACCAUCGAUCAAUCCAGAGCCCCAUGGGUUCUAG